CGAAGCCGAACCUCCAUCAUCCCUCAGAAAGAACGCUGCAGGAGAGCCUCAGACAGCAAGAUGUCUCGUUUUCUGGACAUGAAGGAGUUUGGGGAAGCUGCUCGUUUUCUCCGCCUUUCCAACCUGGAGCAGCUGGCUGCCAGGGCCCAGGCCUUUGAUGGGACGAAGCGUGUUUGGAUGCCAGAUGAAGCUGAAGCGUACAUUGAGGUGGAGGUCAGAGAGCUGGAUGGAGACAAGGCAACGGUGGAGACCAGAGAUGGACGGUUUCUGGUCGUUAAAGAAAAUGAGCUGCAGCCGCUGAACCCUCCGAAGUUUGACAUGAUGGAGGACAUGGCCAUGCUGACCCAUCUAAAUGAACCUGCAGUGCUCUUCAACCUCCGGAGGAGAUACAGCAUGUGGAUGAUCUAUACGUACUCCGGUCUGUUCUGUCUGGCGGUGAAUCCCUACAAAUGGCUGCCGGUUUACUCUGCAGCCGUGGUUACAGCCUAUAAAGGGAGGCGCUAUGCAGACAUGCCCCCCCACAUCUACGCUGUAGCUGACAAUGCCUACAGCGACCUGCUAAUAAAUCGAGAGAACCAGUCGAUGCUCAUCACCGGAGAGUCCGGAGCAGGAAAAACUGUCAACACCAAGAGGGUGAUCCAGUACCUAGCAACCGUUGCUGCUCUGGGAGGAAAUGUGAAGAGAGAACGCUCCUUAGAGGACCAGAUCGUUGAAGCCAAUCCAGCAAUGGAGGCAUUUGGAAAUGCCAAAACCAUCCGGAACGACAACUCGUCUCGCUUUGGAAAGUUCAUCAGGAUUCAUUUUGGUCCAAGUGGGAAGUUGGCUUCUGCCGACGUCAACAUCUAUCUUCUGGAAAAAUCCAGAGUCGUGUUUCAGCAACCAGGAGAGAGAAGCUACCACAUCUACUACCAGAUUCUGUCCAAUCAAAAGCCAGAGCUGCAAGUUUAUUUCUAUAGCUCCAAUUCACACCAUGUCUUCUCAGGUCACUUUAUAGAGACAGUUCAACCAGAUCAUCCAGUCACAUUAAAGGUUCAAAGUUUUCUAUCUAAGGAAAAGCAGCUGAUUGCGUUCACUCAUUGCAGAUAUUCCCCUGCAUUCAGUGUCUGGGCAGCGUGCCAGAAGGUUCUUUGUUCUUUCUCUGUCUUGCAUCCAGGUGCUGACAAGGCAGCGUACCUGAUGGGCAUCAGCUCCUCCGAGCUGCUGAAGGGACUCCUGAACCCAAGAGUGAAAGUUGGAAAUGAGUUCAUAGUGAGAGGGCAGACUGUGGAGCAGGUGAACUACGCGGUGGCAGCUCUGGCCAAAGCCACGUACGACCGAAUGUUCAAGUGGAUGGUGGAACGAAUCAACCUGUCUCUGUACACCGCUCUGCCUCGUCAGUACUUCAUAGGAGUGCUGGACAUUGCUGGGUUCGAGAUCUUUGAGCUCAACAGCUUUGAACAGUUGUGCAUCAACUUCACCAACGAGAAGCUGCAGCAGUAUUUCAACCACCACAUGUUCAUCCUGGAGCAGGAGGAGUACAAGACUGAAGGGAUUGAGUGGACCUUCAUAGACUAUGGCCUGGACUUGCAGGCCUGCAUCGACCUGAUAGAGAGGCCAAUGGGAAUCCUGUCCAUCAUGGAGGAGGAGUGCAUGUUCCCCAAAUCCACCGACCACAGCUUCAAAACCAAGUUAUAUGACAAUCAUCUGGGAAAAUCUCCUAACUUCCAAAGACCACGGCCCGACAGGAAGCGCAAAUAUGAGACGCACUUUGAGCUGGUUCACUACGCUGGAGUGGUUCCGUAUAACAUCACAGGUUGGCUGGAUAAGAACAGAGAUCCUCUGAAUGAGACGGUGGUCACUUUGUUCCAGAAAUCAUCCAAUAAGCUCAUGGCUGCGCUUUAUGAGACCUACCUGUGCUCUGAAACAGCUGCAGACCACAAGGGGGAGACCAAACAGAGGAGGAGAAAGGCUGCAUCUUUCCAGACUGUUUCACAGAUUCACAAGGAGAACCUGAACAAGCUGAUGGCGAAUCUCCGCAGCACUAAGCCUCACUUUGUUCGCUGCAUCAUCCCCAACGAGAGCAAGAGUCCAGGGGUAAUGGAUCCUUUCCUGGUCCUCCAUCAGCUGAGGUGUAACGGAGUCCUGGAGGGGAUUCGGAUUUGCAGGAUAGGCUUUCCAAACCGGAUCAUUUAUGCUGAAUUCAGACAGCGAUAUCGGAUCCUGAACCCGUCUGCCGUCCCAGAGGACUCCUAUAUGGACAGCAGGAGGGCUACAGAAAAGCUACUGGGCUCUAUGGACAUCGAUCACACCCAGUACAAGUUUGGACAAACAAAGGUUUUCUUUAAGGCUGGUUUGUUGGGACAGCUGGAGGACAUGAGGGACAGCCGUCUGUCCCACAUCAUCACCGCUGUCCAGGCCCUGUGCCGAGGGAAGCUAAUGAGGUCGGAGCUGCAGGAGCUGAGGAUGAAAAGGGAUGCUUCCAUGGUCCUCCAGUUCAACAUCAGGGCCUUCUUCUCUGUGCGGACUUGGCCCUGGAUGAUGCUGUUCUAUAAGCUCCGCCCACUGCUGAAGAGUGCCCAGGUGGAGAAGGAACUGGCCGCUCUGAAAGAGGACUUUGCUAAGCUGAAGGAGGCCUUUGAAAGGUCGGAGACGAAGCGCCAGGUAGCGGAGCAGCUGCAGGUGGCGAUGGUCCAGGAGAAGAGGGAUCUGGCUCUGCAGCUUCACGCUGAGCAGGACAACCUGAUGGACGCAGAGGAGCGCUGCAACCAGCUCAUCCAAUCUAAAGUCUCCCUGGAGUCAAAGCUGAAGGAGAUGCAGGAGCGUUUGGAGGAUGAGGAGGAGGUGAGUGCCAGCCUGACAUCCAGGAAGCGUCAGCUGGAGGAGGAGGUGCUGAUGCUGAAGAGAGACGUGGACGACCUGGAAAUGACUCUAGCCAAGGUGGAGAAGGAGCGACACAGUGUAGAGAACAAGGUCAAGAACUUAACCAAUGAGAUGCGAGUCCUGGAUGAAUCGGUGGCGUCACUGAGCAGAGAAAAAGCUGCCCUCCUGGAGGCUCACCAGCAGGUCCUGAUUGACCUUCAGGCUCAGGAGGACAAGGUCAACAUCCUGGCGAAGGUUAAAGCGCGGCUGGAGCAGCAGGUGGAAAACGUGGAAACGUCUCUAGAGCAGGAGAAGAAGAUCCGAGCUGACCUGGAACGUACCAAGAGGAAACUGGAGGGGGACUGGAAGCUCUCCAUGGACUCGGUGAAGGACUUGGAGAAGCAGAGGGAAGACAUGGAGGACAGAUUGAAGAAAAAAGACUUUGAGUUGGGUCAGGUCCAUGAAAAGCUGGAGGAUGAGCAAACUUUGAAUGUUCAGCUUCAAAAAAGAAUCAAAGAGCUUCAGACCCGCAUUGAGGAGCUGGAGGAAACCCUGGAGGCGGAGCGGGCGUGGCGCGUCAAGGCGGAACGCCAGAGGAACGACGUGGCAAAAGAGCUGGAGGAGCUGGGAGAGAAGCUGGAGGAGGCAGGAGGAGCUUCAGCGGCUCAGAUCGCCCUCAACAGGAAGCGGGACGCAGACUUCCAAAAGAUGCGGCGGGACCUGGAAGAGGCGGGGCUUCACCACGAGGCGAUAGCAGCCGGUCUCAGGAAGAAGCACUCGGACACGGUGGCAGAGCUCAGCGAGCAGAUAGACGUCCUGCAGCGAGUCAAACAAAGACUGGAGAAGGAAAAGACAGAGAUGCGCCUGGAGGCCGAUGACCUGGCGGCUAACGUGGAGCAGCUAAGCCGAGCGAAGGGGGCUCUGGAGAAGAUGUGCAGAGUGUAUGAAGACCAGCUGAAUGAAAGCAGGAGCAGAGCUGAUGAGCUGCAGAGGCAACUGGCUGAAGUUUCUGCUCAGAAAGCUCGAGCUCUAACAGAAGCCGCUGAGUGCAGCCGGCGUCUGGAGGAACGGGAGGCUCUGAUUGGUCAGCUGCAGCGCUGCAAGGCUAACCUUAGUCAGGAUACGGAGAACCUGAAGAAGCAAAUGGAGGAAGACUGCAAGGCUCGCGUGGCUCUCGCUCACGCCGUACAAGCGUCCCGCCAUGACUGCAGUCUGCUGACGGGGCAGCUGGAGGACGAGCAGGAGGCCAAAGCUGAACUGCAGAAGGCCUUAUCUAAAGCCAACAGUCAGGUGGUGGAGUGGAGAACCAAGUAUGAGACCCAAGCUGUGCUGAAGAUAGAGGAGCUGGAGGAAGCAAAGAAGAAGUUAGUUGUGAAACUGCAGACUGCUGAAGAAGCGGUGGAGGCCGCUCAGGCUAAAUGUUCGUCUCUUGAGAAAACCAAGCAGCGUCUCCAGGCUGACAACGAUGACCUCACAGCUCAACUGGAGCGCUCCACUGCUGCAAACCUGGCUCUGGACAAGAAGCAGCGGACCUUUGACAAGCUGCUGAGUGACUGGAAGAUGAAGUUUGAGGAAAGCCAGAUGGAGCUGGAGACGUCUCAGAGAGACUCUCGCAGUCUGAGCACAGAGCUCUUCAAACUAAAGAGCAGCUAUGAAGAAGCUCUGGACCAUCUGGAGACGGUUAAACGAGAAAAUAAAAACCUGCAAGAUGAAAUCCUUGAGCUAACGGACCAGAUUAGUGAGGAAGGAAAGACCAUUCAUGAGCUGGAGAGGAUGAAGAAGGUUCUGGAUGUGGAGAAAAGCAGCAUCCGAGCAGCUCUGGAAGAGGCUGAGGGCACACUGGAGCACGAGGAGGGCAAGAACCUGAGAUUCCAGAUGGAGCUGCAGCGGAUUCGAAAUGAGAUAGACCAGAAGAUUGCCGAGAAAGAUGAAGAGCUUGAUACCCUCAGGAGGAACCAUCAGCGAUCUCUGGAGGGCAUGCAGACCAGUUUGGAGGCAGAAAGCCGCGCUCGCAUGGAAGCCGUCCGUCUGAAGAAAAAGAUGGAAUCAGACCUGAAUGAGAUGGAGGUCCAGUUAGCACACGCUAACCGGCAGUCAGCUGAGAGCCAGAAGAUCAUCAGACACCUGCAGACCCAGGUGAAGGAGCAGCAGGUGGAGCUGGAGGACAAAGUGCAGGUGGCCAACCAGCUGCAGGAGCAGGUCAUUGUGUUGGAGCGCAGCUGUGCACUGAUGACAGCAGAGGAGGCGGAGCUAAGAGGCGUCCUAGAACAGACAGACCGCGCCCGAAAGAUGGUUGAAAGUGAUCUGGUUGAGGCGUCCGAGAGAGUAAACCACCUCACGGUGCAGAACGCGGCUCUGCUGAACCAGAAGAGGAAGCUGGAGAUGGACCUGUCUCUGCUGACAGGACAGGUGGACGAGGCCAUGCAGGAGAGCCGCAGCGCUGAGGAGAAAGCCAAGAAGGCCAUCACUGACGCGGCUGUGAUGGCCGAGGAGCUGAAGAAGGAGCAGGACAGCAGCAAUGUUCUGGAGAGGAUGAAGAGGAGCAUGGAGUCCACAGUGAAAGACCUGCAGCUGAAACUGGACGAGGCGGAGCAGACGGCCCAGAAGGGAGGAAAGAAGCAGCUUCAUAAACUGGAGACCAGGGUCCGCCAGCUUCAGCUGGAACUGCUGGAGGAGAAAAAGAGGAGCGAGGAGUAUGAGAAGGAAGUCCGCCGCUAUGAGAGGAGAGUCAAAGAGCUGAUGUACCAGUCGGAGGAGGACAGGAAGACCUUAGUGAGGAUGCAGGAGCUGAUCGAGAAGCUUCAGAGCAAAGCCAAGAGCUACAAGAGACAAGCUGAGAACGCUGAGGAGCAGGUGAGCAGCACCACCGUGCGCUUCAGAAAGAUCCAACAUGAGCUGGACGACGCCGAGGAGAGAGCCGACAUCGCCGAGACGACCGUCAACAAGCUGCGGAUCCGAACCCGCGAACCCGCUGUGGCUCUGCUCAGCCCCACUCAGACGGGCCUCUAGGCCCACAGCGCUGCUGCCUCCUUCAUCCUCAUCAUCCUCAGUCCUGAUCCCUCCGGCUGAAGGAUGAUGAUCAAUGUUUGCUUUGCUCUGUACUUCGGUGUUUCCUGGUUUCACUAAUAAACGAUUGAUUGCUGCAGCUUCAGUGGUUCUGGUGAAAACACGAGAAACACGCUCUGAUCAGUUUGGCAUUCAACACUUUAUUCACAGACUAAAAUCCACAGGUUAGUGCGGGGCGGAUCCUUCUGGGUCCAGGUCCAGAACUGGACCAGUUCAGCAGGAACACAGCAGAACCUUUAAUAAUAGGAAACGAAAGGAAGGAGGGAGGA